GUUACGCCCGGGGUUUCGUCGUCAAGUCUGUGACUAGUUAGCGGACCACGUUUCAAGGGUGAGAUUCGUGCCACAGUCUAGUCACUAACAGUACAUAAUUCAAAAUACCAUGAUCAACCAGAAUUGAAGUUAUAGUUUUACUAUGACUAACAACAUAUCCGUCUCAGCCAGUUGAUGGGACCUUGGGAGGUCGGUCAUCUUGAGCAACUGGGGUUGUUGCUUGGGUGCUGUUGAUACACAUCACUUCCUCUGUUUGCUUUUUACAUAUACGUAUUCUCGAGACUAUGAUUGGCUUUUGAACCGCGACAGCCUCACAGCAACACGUAUCAGAUGACCCCUCAACUCCCAACUUUGAUCUUUAACAUGCCCUGAAAAAUUUUAUCCUGCAGUUCUAAUAUCUAUUGUAGGAAAUACUCUUUUUCUCUAGCAAAGACUACAUGAUAUCUUCGCGCUAUAUUUCACCUCUUUAUUGUACAUGACAUAUAAAAUGGUCUUCACACGUGAUGACUAUACGGUCGCAUGGAUCUGCGCCUUGCCGCUGGAAAUGGCGGCCGCGAAGGCCAUGCUGGACAAGGUUCAUCCUCCGCUCCCCCAGCCAAAAACCGACCACAAUGUUUACACACUUGGGAGGGUUAGCAGCCACAAUGUAGUGGUGGCCCCCCUACCAUCCGGUGUCUACGGAACGAUAUCUGCUUCCACUGUGGUAUCACACAUGGUUUCUACCUAUCCAAAUAUCCGAUUUGGGUUGAUGGUGGGUAUUGGUGGUGGAGUCCCAAGUGAAAGUGCUGAUAUUCGCCUUGGUGAUAUUGUGAUCAGUAAGCCAACUGCCACUUCAACUGGUGUUAUUCAAUAUGACUACGGCAAGACACUUCGUGACGGACGAUUCCAGCACACGGGGUCGCUCAACAAACCUCCUCCAGUGUUGCUGAAGGCUAUGUCUCAAUUAGAGAGUGAUUCUACGAUAGGAAAAAGGCUGAUUAGCGAUAGCUUAUUUGAUGUACUGAGCAAACGUGAAGGGAUGAAAGAGCAGUUUUCGCGGCCAAAAGACGAUUGGCUAUUCCGACCGACAUACAGUCAUGAGAAUAGCGAAAACGACUGUUCAGCAUGUGAUAGGACCCAGCUAGUGAACCGUCCGGAGCGGAGAACUGAAGACCCUUAUUUUCAUUAUGGCUUAAUUGCUUCCGGAGACCAGGUCAUGAAGGAUGCCAAAGCUCGAGAUUCUAUUGCUCGGGAUCUAGACAUACUCUGUUUUGAAAUGGAGGCUGCUGGGCUUAUGGACGAACUCCCAUCACUUGCCAUUCGAGGCAUCUGUGACUACUGUGAUUCCCACAAGAAUAAACAGUGGCAAGGAUAUGCGGCCCUUGCUGCUGCUGCCUACGCGAAGGCUCUUUUAUCAGUGGUUCCCACUUACUGCUACGAGAAGGAAUCAUAUAAAUCAAGGCAGCCAGUUUGGGUGGUACCCUUCGGAAGAAACCCGCGAUUCGUAGGUCGGGAAAAAGAAAUUACCAGAACCGAGGAAUUGAUUGUGCAACAGGACGGACCUGGCAAAGUUGCUAUCUGCGGAUUAGGUGGAGUUGGAAAGACCCAGAUUGCACUUGAACUGGUAUACCGCAUGCGAAAACGAGACCCUGAGUGCUCGAUAUUCUGGAUUCAAUGUACCAGCUAUGAGAGUGUGGAACAAGCCUACAUGAUCAUCGCCUCAAAGCUAGGAAUAACUGACAUAAAGCCGGCAGAGGUAAAAGAAAAGGUCAAGGCCUAUCUCAGCCAGGAGAGUGCCGGGAAGUGGCUUCUUCUUUUUGAUAAUGCAGAUGAUAUGGAGAUGUGGAGCCAGGACAACACUAAUAAUCCAGUACUGGCAGACUUUCUUCCUCGAAGUGAGCAGGGCCAUAUUCUCUUCACCACACGCAGCCGGAAGGUAGCUGUGAAACUAGUGUCUUCUCAUGUAAUAACGAUCUCUGAGCCGGAUACAGAGACUGCUCUGGAAAUUUUACAAAACUCACUGGUUGAAAAAACUUUACUUAAUGAUCAUGAUACGGCUAUUACUCUUCUUGAGCAGCUGGCCUUUCUCCCGUUGGCGAUCACCCAGGCGGCAGCAUAUAUCAAUGAAAACAGCAUUGGCCUCUCUGACUAUAUGAUACUUUUACAAGACCAGGAGCCAGAUGUGAUUGAAUUGCUGAGUGAAGACUUUGGGGACGAAAGGCGAUACAAAGACACCCAGAAUCCUGUUGCGUUAACCUGGUUCAUCUCCUUUCAGCAAAUUCAGCGAUCAAAUGAACUCGCGGCAGACUAUCUUUCAUUCAUGGCCUGCAUCAGCCCUCGCGGUAUUCCGCAGUCCUUACUUCCCCAGCCAAUCUCAACUAAGAGGAGAAUUGAUGCCAUCGGCCUCCUCAAGGCCUUCUCCUUUAUUAGUGAGGAUGGCGGGGACCAUUUUCUAAAUAUACACAGACUAGUCCAUUUUGCGACUCGGAACUGGAUGAGAAAGAGCCAACAGUUUAGCCGGCAUAUAUUGAAAGCUGCAGACCGAUUGAGCGAAGCUUUCCCGAACAAUGACCAUGCUAAUCGGAAGCUGUGGCGGGAGUAUCUGCCGCAUGCAUUUUCGCUAUUAGCAGAAGCUGACUUCCAGAAGGAGCAGGAGAGAUAUAUUAAGUUGAUUGUGAAUAUUGGGAACUGUCUAUAUAGUGACGGCAGAUGGAAGGAGGCAGCAGAGCUGGAAGUACAGGUGAUGGAGCUCUGCAAGCAAGUGCUGGGGCCAGAGCAUCCAGAUACUCUGACCAGCAUGGCUAAUCUGGCAUUAAUAUACCGGAACCAGGGACGAUGGAAGGAAGCAGAAGAGCUGCAGCUACAGGAGAUAGAGCUCUGGGCGAUGGAAGGAAGCAGAAGAGCUGCACUACAGGUGAUAGAGCUCUACAAGGAAGUGCUGGGUCCAGAGCAUCCACACACUCUGACCAGCAUGGCUAAUCUGGCAUCAACAUACCGGGAUCAGGGACAAUUAAAGGAAGCAGAAGAGCUGGAGCUACAGGUGAUAGAGCUCUACAAGGAAGUGCUGGGGCCAGAGCAUCCACACACUCUGACCAGCAUGCAUAAUCUGGCAUCAACAUACCAGGAUCAGGGACGAUGGAAGGAAGCAGAAGAGCUGCAGCUACAGGUGAUGGAGCUCCGCAAGCCAGUGCUGGGUCCAGAGCAUCCAGACACUUUGAGCAGCAUGCACAACCUGGCCUAUACAUGGAAACUACUAGGAAAGGUCCAAGGUGCCUUAGCUCUGAUGGAAAAGUGUGCAGAGCUCCGCUGCAACUUGUUAGGCCCAGAUCACCCACAGGCCAUAUCCUCCUCUAACGCUCUCAGAGACUGGGAAGAGCGGUGAAUCCCCUAUCAAGGAGGCUAAUAGAGGAAACUUCAGCGGCGGUAAAAGAUGGGCAUUAAAAAGGGGUUUCGGGAGAAAAUGAUCUACG